CCCGACGUCAGCGGAAGUGGCGUAGGAAGCUUGGCUUCCCCGGACUCGCGGUCACAAUAUUGGCUUUUGAGGUUCCGUCAGAUUUCCGCGAGCGGCUUUAAGAAUCCCGCGUGGUGGGAAUUCCAGGACUUAAGAUGUGGUUUGUGAUGCUGCCUUCCUAGAAUGAGACCACUCCUAUAAAGGAAAAAACUUCAGUCUCAAGCCCAGAAAUUCGUCCUUGCUGAGGAUACUACUUGAUACACUGUUACCAGGAUUUCAGGAUAGAUCCUAAAAGUGGUGGCCAUUUCCUAAAAGCUGUGAAAAGAUGACCCAGUCCCAGGGCUUAUUGUCAUUCAGUGACGUGGCUGUGGAUUUCACCUGGGAAGAGUGGCAGCUUCUAGACACCGUUCAGAAGGACCUCUACCGGGAUGUGAUGCUGGAAAAUUACAGCAACCUUAUGUCCCUGGGUCAUCAAGCGACCAAGCCAGAAGCAGUGGUGCACUUGGAGAAAGGAAAGCAACAAGGAACAGUCGAGAGGGAAUUUUCAAAUCAGUGUAGUCCAGAUGUAAUGUGGCGAGUUUAUGACUGGCUUCGGAAGAUAAUGGGAAGGAUGGACCUGUGGAGAGAGAUCAUGAAUAUAAUGCAUUGGCAAAAAUAUUUUCUUUGAGCAAAAACGUUGUUCCAUUUAUAGAAGGACCCCAUAAGUGUGUCUCAAGAAGAAUAAGUUUGAAAGACAAUCCAGAUUCAAGUUUUCAGAGUAGAACUGCAGAAAUGAACUCUGUUGAGAUAAAUGGUCAUGGGAUGUCACUUAGCCAUACUCUGCAUGAAUCCUGCCUCACUCUAGCGAAGUACUAUGAACAUAAUUUAAGUGUGAGGUCUUUCAGCACGGUAACAAAUCUUAAAAGCUAUCAUAGAAUUCACACAGUAGGGAAACCUUAUGAAUGCAGUGAAUGUCCCAGAUCCUUCAGGUAUAAGUCCAAGCUCAUAAUACACCAGAGGACUCAUACAGGAGAGAAGCCAUACAGAUGCAAUGAAUGUCAGAAAGGUUUCAGUACAAAAUGUCACCUGACUCUGCACCAGCAAACUCAUACAGGAGAGAAACCGUAUGAAUGCACUGAGUGUCAGAAAUCCUUUAGAACAAAAUAUCAUCUCAUUCUACACCAUAGGACUCAUACAGGAGAGAAACCCUAUGAAUGUAAAGAAUGUGGAAAAGCCCUCAGGGAAAAGACAAAGCUCAGAUUACAUUACAGAACACAUACAGGAGAGAGACCUUUCAAGUGUAGUGAUUGUGGGAAGGGUUUUAUGCAGAAGUCAAACCUGAUUAUCCAUCAAAGAAUCCAUACAGGAGAGAAACCCUUUGAAUGUAAAGAAUGUGGGAAGGCCUUCUAUAGUAAGUCUCAACUUGUUGUUCACCAGCGAAUCCAUACAGGAGAAAAAUCCUACGAGUACGGGCAAUGUGGGAAAGCCUUCAAAAAAAACCCGCACCUCCUAACACAUGAGAAAAUUCAUAUAACAGAGAAACCUUAUGAGUGCAGUGAAUGUGAAAAAGCUUUUGUACACACAUCACAGCUCAUUCUACAUCAGGGAAAUCAUACAGAAAGAAAACCUCAUGAAUGCAAAGGAUGUGGGAAAGCCUUUAAUAAAAAGUCACACUUCAUUACCCAUCAGAGGAUUCAUAUGGGAGAGAAGCCUUAUGAAUGCAGUGAAUGUGGGAAAGCUUUCAUAGACAAGUCACAGCUUAGUGUUCAUGGAAGAACUCAUACAGGAGAGAAACCUUAUGAAUGCAAGGAAUGUGGGAAAGCCUUUAAUAAAAAGUCACAUUUCAUAACCCAUCAGAGGAUUCAUACAGGAGAGAAGCCUUACAAAUGCAGUGAAUGUGGGAAAGCUUUUAUAGAUAAGUCACAGCUAAUUGUUCACAGAAGAACUCAUACAGGAGAGAAACCUUAUGAAUGCAAGGAAUGUGGAAAAGCCUUUAAUAAAAAGUCAUCCCUCAUAACACAUCAGAGGAUCCAUACAGGAGAAAAACCUUAUGCAUGCAGUGAAUGUGGAAAAGCUUUUAUAGACAAGUCACAUCUCCUUGUCCAUCAGAGAACUCAUACAGGAGAGAGACCCUAUGAAUGCAGUGAGUGUGGAAAAGCUUUCAUACGAAAGGCAAUGCUCAUUGUCCAUCAGAGGACACAUACAGGAGAGAAACCCUUUGCAUGUCUUGAAUGCCAAAAAGCCUUUAGCAGUAUGGCAAUGCUCAGCAGACAUCAGUUGAUUCAUACAGGAGAGAAAUCCCAUGGAUGCAAUGAAUGUGGGAAAGCUUUCCGCCAAAAAAGUCAUCUUAUUAUCCAUCAACGAUGCCAUACUGGAGAGAAACCAUAUGGGUGUAUUCCAUGUGGACAGAUCUUCAACCAGAAAUCAGAGCUCAUUAGACAUCAAAGACGUCACAUGGGAGAGAAACCAUAUCAGUGCACUCAAUGUGAGAAAGCUUUUUUGAGAAAUCAUACCUCAGUGUCCAUCAGAGAAGUCAUGCAGGCCAGAAAUCUUAUCCAUGUAAUGCAUGUGGGAAAAUGUUCUCUGUCAAAUUCUCGCUCACUUCUCAUGAGGAAAUUCAUGCUUGAAAGAAAUCUCCAGAACACAGUGAGAGCUGGGAGGACUGUAGUGAAACGCCAGAUCUCACCAAAUGCAAGAGAAUUCACACAAGAGUCACCCUGUGAAUGUAGAGAAAGGACAUUUUACAUUCAUUUUGGCCUUUGUAAGUUUCAGGAAACUUAUCCAGAUGAGAAAUCUUGUACAUGCAGUGGAUACAGGAAAAUUAUCUGCUACCAAUGUAGCCUCAUAUUUCAAAAAGGCCAUAUGAAUGAGUUGAAAUCUUUUCUUGAGAAGAUAAAUCCCAUUAUACAUCACACAGAAAUGAAACCUUUGAGUACAACAAAUGUUUUGGGUAGAUCAUCAUAAAGUGGUCAGUUUUCACCAAGGAAAAAUAUCUCACAAGUGCUGUGAAUUCUUGAAUGCUUUUCAAACAAAUGAGUUUUCAUACCAAAGAAUACAGAUGACUGAAGAGUUGUCACAAGGGAUGCCUCUGGUAUGAAGUCUGAAUUUGUCGUGCAUCAGAUAAUAUUUAAUAAGGAGAAUUAGUAUAGUGUAAUGAGAGAGGGAAAAGUUGUUUCCAUAUAAACAACUUUAUGGUAAGAAUUCUGAUCGUGUCACAUUAGCAUAUAUUUAUAAAGAAUGUAAUGCAAAGUAGCUAGUUAUGAAGAGCAGAUAACUUGAGCGUGCCAAAGGGCACUUUGUUUCCUGUUUGAAUAUAUUGUACAGUCAAAGCUAUAAAUCAAAAAAAGUUCCCAGAUUUAUGUA